AAAUCAUCUAUGCUAUUGUAUCAAUGACAGCCGCUAAAUAACCAAAAAAGUAUUGAAAGUGAUUUGUAUAAAAUAGUUAAGUUUCAUUAUAAGGGAUUAAAAUUAAAUUGAUAAUUGCGUUUCGUUUGAGUUAAUUUAUAGUAAAAUGUCGAAACAAUUUAAAUUGAGUGCCUCUCUUUAUGGUCAUUCAAUGGAUGUGCGUGCUUUAGCAAUAACUGAAAGUAACGAUAUUAUAAGCGCGUCAAGAGACCGAACUACAAAAUACUGGAAAUACAAUCCGCUUCAAAAUGUAUAUCAAGAUGUAAUGACAUAUAAAGGCCACGAAAAUUUCGUCGGUAGCGUACUAUAUUUAGAACCAACUAAAGAAUACCCCGAUGGUUUAGUUAUUACAGGAGGUUAUGAUAAAAAUAUUUUAAUUUACAAACCUGGUGAACCAUUCCAUACAUACGCUAUAAAAGAAGAACAUUUAAACACAAUAUGUGCUAUAACCAAAGGGAAUGGUGUAAACACGUUUUUGAGCGCUUCUUGGGAUAAUACAGCGAAAUAUUGGUGUUUAUCAACAUCUACUUCAAAACCAGUUCAAACAUUCACAGGUCACACUGCCGCCGUUUGGCACGUGAGACAAAUUAGCGAUGGUAGAGUUUUAACUGCAUCUGCGGAUAAAACUAUAGGAGUUUGGUCACCGGAGGGGCAAAAAUUGAGUACUUUAUCAGGUCAUGCUGAAGCUGUGAGGUGUUUGGAAGAUUUUCCGGAAUUAAAGUAUUUUAUGAGCGUAUCCAAUGAUGCUUCCAUAAAAAUAUGGAAUUACGAUUGUGAAAAUAUUAAUACUCUUUACGGUCAUAAUAAUUUCAUCUACAGUAUGUACAGGUGUAGGCCUCAUGGUAUGGAUAGUUUUGUAACUUCGGACGAAGAUAGAACUGUGAAAUUUUGGCAAAAUAACGAAGAUAGAUGCACAAUUGAAUUACCAGCGCAGUCAAUUUGGGCGGUGGCGUGUUUAUCUAAUGGUGACAUUGUAACCGGAUCAAGCGAUGGUAUAAUAAGAAUUUUUACUUUGGAUGAAUCUCGAGUUGUAGACGAAACAAAUCUACUAAAAUUUACGGAAGAAGUAAACGCUUUGAAAAAACAGGCUUUACAAGAAAUAGGGGGUGUAAAAGUAUCAGAUUUACCGGGAACGGAAGCUCUAUAUGAACCGGGUAAAAGGAAUGGUCAAAUGAAAAUGAUCAGAGAUGGUAACAGUGUGUUUGCUUAUACGUGGAUAGAGGAUGGAGAAAAUAGUCGUUGGGAUAAAGUUGGUGAUGUCCUGGGUGGAAAGGAUAAAGAUGAAACUGGAAAAACGAUGUAUAAAGGACAAUAUUACGAUUUUGUAUUUUCCGUGGAUGUAGAAGAUGGUAAACCACCAUUAAAAUUACCUUUUAACAGAGGAGACGAUCCUUAUCAAUGUGCCCACAAAUUUUUAGCUAAACAUAUGCUACCCGCGGAAUAUUUAGAACAAGUUGUGGAUUUUAUUUUGAAAAAUAGUAAUGAGCAGUACGUACCAUCUGUUAGUACUGAAUACCAGGAUCCUUUUACUGGAGGAUCGAGGUACACUCCGAAUUACGGUGCUAAUAACCAGGGACAAACCGGAGUCAAUUUGGAUCCAUUUACAGGUGGAAGUAGUUAUUCGACAUCCGGAAGUAGAUUGCAACAAACAGCUGGUCGAUCUACGGCGUCUAAUUCGGAGUCGAAAUCGAAUUUUUUUCCCGUUAAAUCCUAUCAUUCCUUCGACGUAGGAGAUUCCAAGGUUAUUUUAAGGAAAUUGAAGGAAUUUAACGAAAAAUGUGGCGACGGGGAUAAAUUACAAGAUACGGAUCUUGAACAAGUAGUUGAUUUGUGUUGUAAUCCACCUACUGAUGGAAAUACCGUCGAUAUUUUAUUUAAGUUAUUAGAAUGGCCUGAUGAUAUAAUAUUUCCGGUUUUGGAUGUUAUAAGAUUAGCGGUGAGGAAUAAAGUGAAUAAUGAAUUGAUAUCGACAGUGAAUAAUGGUGUUAUAUUCGAAAAAAUCAAAUCGUACACUAACAGUGAUUGUAAAAUAAUCAAUAAUAUGAUUAUUGCUCUUAGGACAAUGACUAAUUUGUGUUUACACGAAACCGGAGAGGAUUUAGUGUUCAAUAAUCGGUUCGAUAUAUUAGAAAAUUUUACAUCAUUGAAUAACCUCAACAAAAACUGUCAGAUUGCCUUAGCGACGACGUUAUUGAAUUUAACGAUACUAGUAGUUAAACGCAAUGACGAAAUCGGUAUAACGGUAUUGGCUCAAGUGAUACCUGAUCUCGUUACAAAAUUAACUGAAUCAGAAGCGCAUUUUAGGGCGUACGUUGCUUUGGGAACUUUGAUAACGCGCGCCAACGUGUACAAAUUGAUGGUGAAGGCCAAGGUGCAAGAAAACUCUAAUUUUAUUUCUACUUUACACUUACAUUCGUUUUCAAGUCAAACGGAUAUAGAAAAUAAGAGAAUGAAUUGUGUUAAAGAAUUACUCAAUAUAUUAUAAUUAUUUUUUUAUUAUUUGGGAGUGUAUAAGAAAAAAAUAAAUGUUUGCUUUGAUAUAA